UGUUAUUGAAUUAUUUGAAAAAACAAGUCUAUUGUUGCAGUUUUUCGAUGACUUUUUUCCUGUUUUCUGUCUUGAAAACGUUUCCAUCUCUCCCGAAACGGGAGCGUACUAGAAAUAAAACCAAUAAAUAAUUUUUUAAGAAAUUUCGUCGGGGACGGGGGCCCAACGGUCGUUUCGUAACCUCAAAAUAUAAGAGCGGGAAAUUCUUGCGGUGGUUGACAGUGGUGAUUAUGGAGUUCUGGACAAGUGCCGAUGAACGACUCGAGAAGGAAAAAUACUUGACGACCGGUUGCUACAAAUUGGACGCUGCUCUCAGAGGAGGCAUUUCUCAAAAGGGAAUAACGCAAAUUUAUGGCGCUGCUGGAACAGGAAAAACUCAAUAUGCUUUGCAACUUUGCCUAUCUGUUCAAACAUCGAAAACAAACGGAGGCUGCGAGGCCGGGGCUGCGUACAUUUGUACAGAGUCUGCUUUCCCAACAAGAAGAUUACAGCAGUUAUUGAAAUCUUCUGAGCUUGUGACUAAGCACGGAGCUUCAGCGGACAAAAUAUUUGUCGAGCACGUCUCUACAAUAGGUUUCAAUAAUAUUUUCCAGACUGAUUUGGAGAGCUGCAUUUUUGACAGGAUUCCUGGUUUACUAAAAGCUCAGAAAGUGUCAGUUUUAGUAAUCGAUUCGAUUGCUGCGCCUUACAGGGCCGAGUACAAUGACCAAGAGCUCAAAAACCGAGCCAAAAGUCUGCGUUCCAUUGGCCAGUGUUUGCACAAUCUUUCUCGAGAUUAUGAGCUGUCAGUUGUCUGCAUUAAUCAGGUUACUUCAGCAGUGGAUAACAAAAAUUCAUCAAACGUUUGUGGAGGAGAUUUGCCAACGCUUGGGAUAACGUGGGCUAAUCUCGUGACAAAUUCUUUAUGUUUAGUGAAAAACGGUGAUCGUCGUUACCUGCACGUUCGAGAGUCUCCUUACUUGUCUCGAACAACGAUUCCUUACGAAAUUCAUCAAUCCGGUGUGAGGGGAAUUUGAAAAAUGAGAAAGCAAAGUUCUCGCGUAACAUUAAAUUUCUAUUUACAUUAAAAUACAUAAUUUCUCUAUUUUUGUACAUUCUACGAAUAAAUCAAUUGGCCAAAAUCGUA